CUUAUUUGCAUGUGGCCUCAGUCCAGACUGCAGAUCACUCCUGUUCCACUCAGACGUUGGCUCCUCUCAUUCAACUUUGAAGGAAAAGGGAACCUGUUGAUGACUGGUGGAUUAUGGGAGCAAGCAAUGAUACUGUAAGACAGACACAUUGUUCAUGUGUAACAUAGAACAAACUUGCUAGAAGUAGAUGAAGUGGACUGCGCACUGUAAACUGAGGAUGAUGACUGUGCCGGCAGAGCUCUGUUUGCUGGCAUGUUUAACUGUUGGCCUGACUUUGGGUUCGGGGCCAAACAAAGAUAUUGCGUUUACAUUUUUAUUACCUGCUGGAAGUACAGAGUGUUUUUACCAAACCGCAGAAAACAACUGCAGCAUGCACGUUGAAUACCAGGUGAUAGCUGGCUCAGGUUUGGAUGUUGGCUUUAGCAUCAUCUCACCCGGUGGAUACAGGCUGGUCUCUGACUUCAGGAGAUCUGAUGGCCUUCACAUGGUGCAUCCUACAGAUGAUGGAGACUACAGGUUGUGUUUUGACAACAGCUUCAGUAAACUGUCAGAGAAGAUGGUGUUCUUUGAGGUGAUCAUUAAUAAUCAGAACAUCGCAGGUGGAGCCCAGGAUGAGUGGGCAGACGUGGCCAGAACAGAGAGCCUGGACUACAAACUGGAGGACAUCAGGGCGAGCAUGGACUCGGUGUACCAGCACCUGGAGAGGAGCCGUCAGCUCCAGGCCAUGCUGCGGGCCUUUGAGACCAGGGACCGCUACCUUCUGGAGGACAACCUGUGGCGAGUGUCCUUCUGGUCCUGCCUCAGCAUGCUUGUCAUGCUUACAGUCGCUGUCAGCCAAAUCUACACCCUGCGACGCCUAUUUGAUGGCACCAAGCGCGUGUGCACAUAGUCAAAUCCAAACUGUUUGAUUAUUUACACUUGAAAUUUGACCCCAAAACCUCUUGCAUGACUUUUCAUGUAAUGAAAAACUUAUUUAUAUAUUUUGUGAAAUUGUGAUUCUAGUCACAUCAGCACAUAAAACCCAGACUGUAAUAUACACUCACAUAGUGCAGACAAUAUAUAAAAACAAGCCCACACAAAACACUUGUAGAACCACAGUUGUUCUCACUGGAAUGUUCUUUUAUUGAAGCUCAGAUUCUAAAUUUCACAUCAACAUUCAUAGCCCUAAGCAUGUUUUAUUUUUUAUCAACAACAAACCACAUACCAAAUAUCGGAAACCCUACCUCCUAAGAAUCUACUCUAACUGUUUAACUGUGUAAAUUAUUUUAAAAUACACCUGUGACGUCUUUACUGUGAUGGAAAAAAAUAAUAAUCAUGUAUUCACACAAAUAAAACAAUCUCCCUGA